CGUCGUGCACGCCACACGCAGGUAUCAGUAGUGUAAAGUUACGCCCGAGGAUGGUACCGUUUGUACUGACGUUUGCAAAUGAACCGAGGCGCUGUCCAUAAGAAACGAGCUUUAUUUCUCGUAGAUUAUUCGCGGAGGAGGAAUUGCUUUUAUUUUCCUUUAAAUGGAUUUAUUUUCUAGUUGUUUAUGAAAUUGAACGAUACAAUGAAAGACGUACAUUUGCCCAUCGAUUCGUGCAUAAAUGGUUCUGUAAUAAGACUAUUGUGUCCCACAUCCACCUCUGUUUGUGUACUUGACGGGUUAACUGGCAACACGUCUUUAAGCGAGGACCACGCCAGCAUAAACUCUACAGUCAACAAAGCAGCUGAAGUCAUCGACAAAUGGAGCAACUACAACUUCUGGUUAGGCUUGACCCUGGCAAUACUCUCAGCUUUUCUUAUUGGAGGAAGUGUUAUUCUGAAAAAGAAGGCAUUACUGCGUUUAGCCAGUGCUGGAGAGAUGAGGGCAGCUGAGGGAGGCCAUGGUUACUUGAAGGACUGGCUUUGGUGGGGUGGCCUUUUGACCAUGGGUGGAGGUGAGGCAGCAAACUUCGCUGCCUACAUGUUUGCUCCAGCCACAGUGGUGACCCCUUUAGGAGCUCUCAGUGUUCUUAUCAGUGCAGUUCUGUCCUCCCACUUGUUCGGGGAAACAAUGAAUCUGCUGGGAAAACUUGGCUGUAUGCUCAGCAUACUGGGAAGUACAAUAAUGGUUAUACAUGCACCUGAAGAGGAAGAGGUGACGACACUUGCGGAAAUGACAGAAAAACUGCUGGACCCUGGUUUUAUGGUGUUUGCCAGCGUCCUGUUGGUAGCGUGUAUGGUCCUCAUCUUCUACCUCUCUCCUCGCUUUGGUCAGAUGAACAUUUUAAUUUACAUAUGCAUCUGCUCUCUGCUCGGAGCUUUUACGGUGUCCUCGGUCAAAGGCCUCGGCAUUGCGAUCCACACCUCCUUCUCGGACCUUUCCGUCUUCCGUCACCCUCUCACCUGGAUCCUGUUGCUUACCUUAAUAGUAUCCAUCCUCAUCCAAAUCAACUAUCUGAACAAGUCGCUUGAUACCUUCAAUACGCUCCUGGUCUACCCCAUAUACUAUGUAUUCUUUACUACCGUGGUCCUAAGCACCUCUGUAAUUCUGUUUAAAGAGUGGGGAGCCAUGUCAGGGGUGGAUGUCGUGGGCACGGUCGGAGGCUUCUUGGUGAUUGUGAUUGGGGUGAGCAUGCUGCACCUCUUCAAAGACUUGAAUGUAUGUUUUGAAGAUCUGAGGAGCAGUCUCUGUGAGCCACUAGGUCAGGAGAGCCCAUCAAAGAGGGAGGACAAGCACAUCCUUAUAGAGCACAUAGAAACCCUGCCGCCCAUGAGAGAGGAAGGCCCUAGAGUUUUCAUCAUCAGCUGAGCAACUCGGGUCUUGCAUAGGAUUGUACAGAAUGUGCAGUUUAUGAUCAUGUCUUAGCUAUUUUAAUUUGUUAUUUUAUUCACGGAAGGCUGUUGUGCUAUGACGCAGAAUUGACUGCUGCUGAGCACCUAUGACAAUGUCAUUUUCAUAAAAGAUAACUGCUGUUAAUUAAAUAAUUGUUGUUAAACAAAUGUUAUGCAUUGUUCAAAUGCAGCUUAAUGUGUAAGACAGCCGACAGAAAAACUAUGAAGGGCUUGAUUUUUAAUAUUGUAAAUAUGUAUUUAGAAUCAAACAAGUUUAGUCUUUAGGUGACUUGUAUACAGAACAUGAUGCAGCUCGACUUGCUGCUGAGGACUUCGUGGAGCAUCAAAAUGUUGAUGCCUUUUUCUUUUCAUUUACAACCUAAAAUAGAUCAGUCAAGCCAAUAUAUUUACAUCACUAUUCCGCAAAACCGAUGAGCUGAGCUUUUAAGUAUAUUUUACAUCAAAUAAAGUAACAUAUACAUAACAAAAGACCAUGACAGGGUAAUGUUGAUUUUGAAAUGGUGCAUGAAUAAAGAUAUUAUAUUUUCAAAGAAUUGCUAAAAGUUUUAAUUAAGUUUAUUUAAACCAUUAAAUUGCCUAUCAGAUUUGCUCAGCUAUUACAUAGGGUCAAACUGGACAUUAAAACAUGUAGAGUAGCCCUUUAAAGCGAUAAUUCACCCAAAAAUGAAAAUUCUGUCAAGAAUUACUCGACCUCAGGUUGUUCCAAACCUGUUUAAAUGUCUUUGUUUGGCUGAACACAAAGAUAUUUGGAAGAAUGUUAGCAACUGACAGUUCUGGGGCACCAUGGACUAUAUAGUAGGAAAAUUAUUGUACUUUGUAUUUUUUUGUUCUGUUGAACACAAAAGAAGAAAUUUGAGGAAUUUAGGAAAUAGAACAGUUCUGAAGCACCAUUGACAACCAUUUAAAUGUUUCCUACAGGUAGUCAAUAGUGGCCAAGUUUACAUAGUGGCUUGGUUACAAGCAUUCUUCCAAAUAUCUUUCUAUGUGUACAUCAGAACAAAGAAAUUUAUACAGAUUUGGAACAAUCGUGGGCAAGUAAUUCAUGGUAGAAUUGUCAUUUUGGGUGAACUAUCCCUUUACAUUUGUUUGCAGAAAUCUACAAAUUAAAGUGUUUUUGUAUGGUCUUGCAGCAAAGCGGAAAGCUACAAAUGUCAAGAGGGAGGAAAAUGUUUUAGUUGUGAGGACUCUGACCUUGAGACUGUAUUUACCUUUUAAUCCACUGAACAGAAGAGCAAUGCAUCAAAUGACUCUUAAGUCAAUAGAACUGUAGCUCUGUGCAUUAAUAUUAGCAGCUGUUCAAGUAACAUUUGACAAAUCUGAAAAGAUCAAGAGGACUGAAUUAUGUUUUUACAAAGAAGAAAGUUAAAAAGAAAGAAAAACAGCAAACUACAGCCAAUAAUCACUAUGAUAUUCUCCAAAUCGUCACCAUGGAUUCUAUCUGACAUUUUUAAAAUUGUGUUAUUCAUAUUUUCCAAUUGUGUGUCAAUUUACUUUCAUGAUGUGAUGUUUUUUUCUUUGAAACUUUGAAGCUCAAUAACUCAAGAACUGCUCAGAAUGCAGAUAGAACCGCCAAGGUGACCAAGGCGAUGACAUGUUAGGCUUUAAUGUUACAGGGAUGUCUUUGAAAUACAAUAAUAGAAAUUUUCAAGACUUUUUCAAGAUAUUACUCAUUUACCUGUAUAAUGUGUGUGCACAUCCUCAAUAGCACCAGUAGAUGGCAAACUCUGCACAUUGAGCCCAAAUUGCCACCCGCAAGUCAUCUUUUUACAAAUCUUACAGAGCUCUGCAUAGGUGUGCCUGAAAGUCUAGUACGCUUGGCCUAAUAAAGUGCUAAUGUCACUCGGAGAUACUAUGAUACAGGAAAAACUGCAAUAAACAAAGACUGAGAUCCUAUGUGAAGUUCAAUAUGGCUAGACCAUUUUGCAGGAAGUAAACUGGAAGCACUUCCUGUUACAGUUGUUUAUUUUGCAUGUAUGAGUUCAAUUCAAUUUUAUUUAUAUAGUGCUUUUCACAAUGUGCAUUGUUCCAAAGCAGCUUUACAGGAGAAAAUAAGAAAAACUGAAAAACAGAAAAAAGGUAAAACACAUCACAGUG